AUGCCUUCUCUUUCUCUCUCUGAUGCUGAUGCCACUCCCAAAGAUAAGAAGGAAAAGAAAAACAAGAAGGCCAAGAACCCAUCACUUAUUGAACCCGAAGUAUCCAUUAUUAGCAAGAAAAGCUCCAAACUUGGAAGCAAUCUGAACUCCCCCGAUCCCGACGAAGAUGGGGUGUCGGGGAAGAAGAAAAAGAAGAAGAAGCGUAAGGCUUCAGAUUUAGAGGUGAUGAUGACCGCCGAUGGGGAUGAAGAGAAUAGUUCUGAGCUGGUUGAGCCCGAAGGUUCAAGAGAGGAGGAUAACAAGAAGAAGAAAAAGAAGAAGGAGAAGAAAAAGGCCAAGUUAGAGGAAUCUUUGUUGAUGGAAGAGGUUGAGAAGAAGGAGGAUCCCAAUGCCGUUUCGAAAUUCAGGAUAUCGGAGCCGUUGAGGGAGAAGUUGAAGGAAAAGGGAAUUGAAUCGCUGUUUCCCAUUCAGGCUAUGACUUUCAAUACCAUUCUUGAUGGUUCUGAUUUGGUUGGUCGGGCUCGCACUGGUCAGGGUAAAACUCUGGCCUUCGUGUUGCCCAUACUAGAGUCUUUAACAAAUGGCCCUGCAAAAGCAUCAAGAAAAACUGGCUAUGGGAGGCCUCCUAGCGUUCUUGUUCUUUUACCUACUAGGGAAUUGGCUUGUCAGGUGCAUGCUGAUUUUGAAGUUUAUGGUGGGGCAAUGGGAUUGACUUCUUGUUGUUUAUAUGGUGGAGCUCCAUAUCAAGGUCAAGAAGUUAAGCUUAAAAGAGGCGUUGAUAUUGUUAUUGGCACUCCAGGCCGCAUAAAGGAUCAUUUAGAGAGGGAAAAUAUUGACCUGAGCCAACUAAAGUUUCGUGUCCUUGAUGAAGCAGAUGAGAUGCUGAGGAUGGGUUUUGUUGAAGAUGUUGAACUGAUUCUAAGUAAAGUAGAAAAUGUUAGUAAAGUUCAGACACUUCUUUUCAGUGCUACUUUGCCAGAUUGGGUUAAACAUAUUGCUGCACAAUUUCUGAAGACAGAUAAGAAAACUGCUGACCUUGUUGGAAAUACAAAAAUGAAGGCCAGCACCAAUGUUAGGCAUAUUGUUCUUCCCUGUACUAGUUCUGCCAGGUCCCAGCUUAUUCCAGACGUUAUUUGUUGCUAUAGCAGUGGAGGCCGCACUAUUAUAUUUACUGAGACAAAGGAAUCCGCUUCUCAGCUUUCAGAGUUGUUGCCUGGAGCAAGAGCUCUCCAUGGUGACAUACAGCAGGCACAACGUGAGGUUACAUUGUCUGGCUUCAGGUCUGGGAAGUUCAUGACAUUAGUUGCCACAAAUGUGGCUGCUCGAGGUUUGGAUAUUAAUGAUGUUCAGUUAAUUAUCCAGUGUGAACCCCCACGGGAUGUAGAAGCCUAUAUCCAUCGCUCUGGGCGCACAGGAAGAGCAGGUAAUACUGGAGUUGCUGUUAUGCUUUAUGAUCCAAGAAAGUCAACUAUAUCUAGAAUAGAAAGAGAAUCGGGUGUAAAAUUUGAACAUGUAUCUGCCCCUCAGCCCGAUGAUAUAGCCAAAGCUCUUGGUGGGGAAGCUGCUGAAAUGAUUACCCAAGUGUCUGAUAGUGUGGUUCCUGCAUUCAAGUCUGCUGCUGAGGAGCUAUUGAACAACUCUGGUUUAUCAGUCGUUGAAUUACUUGCAAAGGCUCUUGCCAAGGCUGUUGGUUAUACUGAGAUAAAGAAAAGAUCACUUCUCACUUCCAUGGAGAACUAUGUUACAUUACUUCUUGAGAUUGGGAAACCUAUCUUCACUCCAUCUUUUGCGUAUGGAGUCUUGAGGAGAUUUUUGUCUGAAGAAAAGGUUGAGGCUGUGAAAGGUCUUACCCUCACUGCAGAUGGAAAUGGUGUUGUUUUUGAUGUGCCAGCUGAAGAUUUAGAUACUUAUCUUGCUGGUCAGGAAAAUGCCUCGAAUGUAAGUUUAGAGCUGUUAAAAGCAUUGCCACGUUUGCAACAAAAAGAUCAAUCAAGAGGAGCCAGAUUUGGUGACGGUGGUGGGUUUGGUAAUAGAAGUGGGGGGAACAGGUUUUCAGGGGGAAGAGGUGGUGGCAGGAAUGGUAGAUUUUCAAAUGAUAGGCUUUCCAAUGGUGGUGGGAGAGGUCGUGGCAACUGGGGUGGAAAGAGGUGGUGAAGCUGAUAAAUAGGGAGUUGAGUGUGUUCACUUUGUUCAAUGUGGAGAUGACUGACUACAUUACUUGUGUUGUGCCUGAAGAAUAUUUUGAUGUUUGGCUCAUAUGCUGUGUGUUUGGCACAUUAGCUCAAAUGGGUUCAAUAUAACGUUAGGGUAUAAUAGGUCUCCUUUUUCGUUUUAUUGCUUUCUUAUUGAUAACGCUUUCAUUUUUUUUUAUUUUUUUUCGACUGGAAAGUGUAAC